GAACUAGAUUCCGGUCACGUGGAAAUGGUCAAUACAAAAUCAUACAUCUGGCGGUGGUGAGUGUCAUCUCGACUUGAGUGCUCUCAACGUGAUGUCGUGGAAUCUCUCGACAACUGCGUCAAAUACUGAGGUGUUGAAAACAAACUUACGAGGAAUCACGUUCUGCGUUGGUCGCAUGCCAGAAUUGUGAACAAAGGCGUUGGACGGCGAGACCCACAAAAUGGCCAACAUAGUCGCACGUGCAAAUCUUCCCCAACUAUUGUUAAUAAUAACAAUUUUGACUUAUUUGGAGCGUGAGUUCGCCCAUGCAGCCAAUGAAGGAGAUUUUUCUCGAAAGAUCCAUCAGGAGAGUGGCAAGAAUUUGGUUCCCGAUUGGAAGUGGACCUUGAACAAACCGAACAAAUUAGACUUUGAAGAAUACUUUGGCGUAGUCCGCAGGACGCUUGGCGUUAUAGGUGCCAUUUUUACAAUCUGGAUCUUUGUUGAGACGAGGCAAAAGCCGUCCGAGAAAGAAACCACCAACGAGUUAAUCGGAGAGAUGAACUUGCAACUUGAAAACCUUAAUGUUCGUGUUGAAGAAGUGAGAAAGUCCUUACUGCACCUGUCUUGCCUCUAUGAUGCCGUCCAAGUGCAGACGAAAAGCAAAAUCGUGAGUAGAAAUUGUUUGCAAUUCAUUCAGCAAUAUCAACAUGCUGCUACUUAUGCUCCCCAAUUAGCAAACCCGUCACGCCUUGUGAUGGUUAGACAAAACAAGAAACAAAGUUCCUCGCCAACCUUGAUAGGGUGGCUUGGCCAUAAUCAGUAAUUUCAAUAAACUUAUUGCUACUAAUCACACGUCUUGUCCUGAAAUCCGGUUUCUUUCGCGCAUUAAAUUAAUUUUUUUGCUGUUGUAAAUAUUAUUGAAAAUUACAUCAAAAAUUACUUGCGAA